AUGGACAGCCAAACACCACUACGAACCUACAUGAAGGUGUUCGCGGCCGUUAGUUUUGUCACGGCCGCGAUAACUCCAAAGCCCGUUGGACCUGCUCAUCUCGAUCUGCCACCAACGCUGCAAGCAACUGCAAUUACAUGGACAGCCUGCCCGACGGACGUUAAGCCAUUCAAAGGAAACAACGACACCCAAGCCGUCCAAUGCGCGAACUUCUCGGUGCCCAUAAACUAUAACGAUGCCAAUGGCGCCAGUGUGAACCUAGGAAUCGUGAAGUUUCCCGCAGCAGGUAAGCGCAUUGGUAACCUAUUUUUGAAUCCGGGUGGGCCUGGUGGCUCAGCAGCAAACACGGUUCUCAGGGUAGCCUCGAAGAAGUUUUAUAUCAGUGAUGCGAUCCGCCAGAACUUUGACAUUAUUGGGAUGGAUCCUCGCGGAGUCGGUCUGAGUUCGCCGCAAAAAUGCGACACCAAUUUGCUCAACCAGCUUAGUGAUUUUGAUGCAACGACCCCUGAGGGCUUUGAAAAGUUAUUCAACUACAACAAGGCGGUAGGGGAAUCAUGCCGAGCUCUGACUGGGCCCUUGUUCGAUAAUAUGGAUACAACACUAGUUGCUAGAGACUUGGAGGCCGUCCGAGUUGCUGCUGGAAACGAGCCGAUGAACUACCUUGGCUUCUCAUAUGGUACUCAAUUAGGGGCUCAAUAUGCUGCCCUUUUUCCAACCGCGAUACGGGCAAUGGCGCUUGACGGGAUCCUCCACCACGCUGGUACUUCUGCAACGAAUAUUGUCACGGAGGCUGCGUCUCUCGACUCAACGAUACAAGCCUUUUUCAGGUUCUGUGAAGCUAAUUCCUCCAAUUGUGGUGAGGGCGGGCAAGACAUCAGACAAACUUGGAACAAGGUCAUCGAAGUCGCCAAGGCUGGCAAGCUUAAGGCCGCAGAAUGUGACGGAACACCCAAGACGUUAUGCCUCACAGAUGCCACGGUGUCCGAUGUCAUAGGUACCACUCGCUCGGUUUUGGGAAAUCCGAUUGACAGAAAGGAUUUAGCCGAGCAGCUCCGUCUUGCAAUGGCAGGCAACGGCUCGCUCUUGACUGCUGAGUUACUCUCCGGCGAUCCGUUUACAGAUUCCAGUGUCGUGGCAAUCACAAACGUCCUUUGCCAGGACGGAACAUUCUUCGCAGCAAAGGACCAUACUGAGGUGCAGUUGGUGGCAGAUAUGACGCGAACCUUUACUGUGACACCUGGGGUGGGAGAGUUCUGGAAGCGAGUUAUCGAUUGUACUGGGUACCCUGUAAAGAUCUCCAACCCUCCAGCAGCCCUAAGCAUCAAGGGCAUGCAAAACCCCGCCUUGUUGGUGCAAUCUCGGUUCGAUCCAGCUACCAGUAUUGUUUUCGCUGCCGGUAUGGCUAGGGAGUUCCAGAAUGCGACGAUGGUUCUGAGAGAAGGAUCCGGGCAUACAAGUUAUAAACUUGGGGGCGACGCUUCAAGAGUGAUUGACGACUACUUGAUUAACCUGAAGGUACCACCGCCUGGCACCGUUGUACAGAGUUAG